AAAGCGUUAUAUAAUGUUCGCCCCUUACGUAAUGGCAGGCGUUCGAAAAUAAAAACCUAGCGGCAGAACUGUGCUCAGUCCGCUGCCAGACACAGUCCCGUCAUGGACUACCAGGAAUGCAUGGACGCGAGGAAUUCGUCUUACAUAAAUUGCCUUAACAACGAUGAAGACAUCGCAUGGCUUCACGGAUUGGGAAACAUGUUCUACCUCCUGUCGAGAAAUGAAACGACGUUCAAGAACGUCGAGGAUGUACCACCUUUCUUCAGACAGGCUUGGCCUUACUUUCUGUUAUUCAUUUUCUUGGAGAACGUUCUUCUAUGGCUGGAAAAAAAACCGCUGAUGAGGAUAAACGAUGGGAUAGUGUCCCUAUCUCAUGGCCUCUUUCAAGAACUCGGAAGGUUGUUGUUCCGAGGAGGAGAAAGCAUUCUUUACAUUUGGAUCUACAACAACUACAGGAUAGCUGAUUUGCAAUGGGAUUCCCCGAUAACGUGGUAUUUAACAGCCAUCGGGGUUGAUUUCUGCUACUACUGGGUUCAUCGGGCUAAGGUACACAUCUUGUGGGCUCAGCACCAAGUUCAUCACAGUUCGGAAGAUUACAAUUUAGCAGUGGGUCUUAGGCAGUCUGUUCUUCAGAGUUGGUGCGGUUUCAUAUUUUACCUACCGAUGGCACUGUUCGUACCGCCUUCCCUCUUCCUAACACACCAGCAGUUCAACCUCCUCUACCAGUUCUGGAUCCACACGGAAGCGGUGCAAUCCCUCGGACCCCUGGAACUGGUCCUCAACACUCCUAAGCAUCACAGGGUUCACCACGGAAGCGUGAUGUGGUGCUUAGACAAGAAUUACGGAGGUGUUUUAAUCAUCUGGGACAGGCUGUUCGGAACGUUCGCCGAGGACAGAGCCAAAGAAAAGAUAAUAUAUGGUCUCGUCAUUCACGAACCUUCUUUCAAUCCUUUAUAUUUACAGGUUUUCUACAACAAAAACGUAUGGAAUAAGUUCAGAAAUAUGGAGGGGUGGCAGAACAAGUUAAGCUCUAUUAUUAAAGGACCAAGCUGGUUGCCCGGAAGGCCUUGGGCAGGAUGCGAUGCAGAUAAAAUUGAUGUAAAAGAGAGGGAAAAGUUUGAUGUGCAGCUACCUCUUUGGUGUAACUGCUAUCUUGUUCUACACUUCAUAGCUGUCGUCGUCAGUUAUCACGAUUUGGCUAAGAAAUACAUGGAGAUGACUCCUCUGACAGCUUUGAUUUUUGUUCUCUACAUUAUUGGAUCACUGACGUUGAUUGGAAUGAUGUUUGAAAAUAAAAGGAAUGUAUUUCUUCUGGAAUCAUUACGCUGUGCCAUAUUAGCACUCAUUCUUCACCGAAACGCACUUACAGUUUCAUUGCCUUUCCUUAAAUGGUUUUUUGUUUCAUCAGUGUUUUUUUGGGCACUACACUUUGCCAGGGUUAUCCGAAUAAGAUGCCUUAAAGUAAAGAAACUGUGAAUUUGAGUCUAGAUCUAAAAAAUUACACUCUCAAUCUUAAUUGUUAAGAAUUUGUAAAUAGUUAUGUAAAUAAUCUCAAAUAUUUAAUUAUCUAGAGUAAUUGUAUGAAAUCUGAAGACUUAAAAUGUGGUACAAUCGGCCAGUAUAAUAUACUUAAUGGCCUGUAGUGAAAUACAAACUACAAUGACUGUAAAACUGUAUAUAUAAUUAAUUAUUACAAUAAAUCUAAAAUAUUAAUUUUAUGUUAUAAAAGAAAAUUUAUACUUUUCUAUAUUUGUUAACACUCUUUUAAUGCUAAGUGCAAACCAAACAAAAUAAAAUUUUAUAAUAAUAAAAAAAAUUUGUAUCACUAUAUCCCUCGAAUAAUUACUGAUGUAUUAAUUAUUUACCAAUAGCAUUGAGGUCUAUAUCACA